AUGGACCACGGGGAUCGCUUCCACUAUCAUCCGUGGGAAACACCCAGUGGGUGGAAGAUAGAAAAUCAGUAUAACAAGAAGGUGCUGGUGGGGAACUGGUAUGAGGAGAGACUGAAGGAUUAUUAUCGUUGGGUUUCUGUCUCUGGCUUGAGCCCUAGGUACAGAUUGUUGCAUGUUUUCCUUCAGUUUCUCAGGAGCUGUUACGUCCCUAACACUACAUACAGGACUUCCUACAAACGCUACCCGAAAUAUGAGGCAAACUUCAACCAGCUGGCGCCCUAUCGGAUAAGGAAUGAGGGCAUUCCGCACGAGAUCCUCUUCAAACACAACAACAUACCGUCCUCCUGGUACCUGGUCACACACUACGAUGAGAACUUCAACCAGCGGCCCAACCCUUGUGUGCCUCCGUUGCGCAAACUGAAAAAGAUCGACCAGGGCUGGGUCCCCGAGAGGUUGGACUUCCCCCUGGCAGUGCCUCCGACCAAUUUCGGCCUACUGCAGGAGAAGAAAGUAAAGUGGCAGAUUAAAGAGCCCCCCAUAUACAACUCGGUGUACACCCUGUCCUAUGGCCCCCAACCCCACUUUGCCCUCCAGAGCUCAGCAUUCGCUAGACGCCGCAUCCAGCAGCCCAUCAGGGACCGGAUGAGGCAAUUCUGUGCAUCUCUGGCCAGGCCUGGCAUGCCUGAGUGUGAGGAGCAUCAGGGCAGAGACUGCUGUGCCCAGGGCUGCUUCCUGCCACCUUCUCACAAUCUCGAGCAGCAGGAAAACAGACCGAUCAGAGACUCACCUAUCUGCCAGCAAAGUGUACCUGAAAUUCCCUUUACUAAUAAACCUAUUAAGAAAUAUUUCCUCGUGUCUGUCCUGAAAUUGUCAUUGAUACCCCGACCCCGUGCCUUCAUCCCUGAUCGCUGCCCUCACCCGCUGACCAUGUGCCCUCACUCCUGA